CGGCGCCCGGGUCAUGGCGGCGGCGGCGGGGCGGGCUGCGGCGGGCGGGGAGGAAGCGGUGGCGGCGGCGGCCCCGCUCCCCCUGCCCGCGGGCUGCGCGGAAGAUAAUCUCUCCUGUGGGACAUCAUCCUGUGAAAAUCUAGCAAAUGGCCUCCCCAACAGUGGCUUACUUCCCAGAAACCAUUCAUAAUGGGUAUAAAACUCUUCCAUGCCGAAGGGAUCCUGCUUAAAUCUAGCAAAUGGCACAAAAAAGUGGCGUACUUCCAGGAACACCAAACCAUUCAUAAUGGAUAUAAAAUAUUUACAUGUUGAAGGGCUUCAGUUAAUGUUUUAAAAGCAUUGACUAUUCAGUUGUAUAAUGAAAAUAAAGUUUAGAAAAAGCUAGCCACAUACUUUGUUAUAUAAACAUGGUCUUGUUGUUAAAUAUGUGACACAUCUAUUGACAGCAGAUUUCCCCAUUGUCAGUUAAAUUUAGUAGUGCUCUGUUGAACAGAAAUAACUGGAGGAAUCAGGCACUCUUAACUGUUUAAAAAGCUGACAGCCAUGUUAAGCAGUCAGCUUUUGGAGGAAAAAGCAACAUGAGUAUGUACAGUCUUCGAGGGAGUACACUUGGGGAAAGAUGGCAUGUUAGAUGAGGCAACAAGGAAAGACCUUUUUACCGACACUUUCUGUAAAGUUUGCGGGGCAGUGCUGCAGUUUGAGUCCCAAAGGAUGUCACAUUAUGAGGGCAAGAAACAUGCUCAGAAAGUUCGGCUUUACGUCCAAAUGCACGGUGAGAAGGAACAGAGGCAGGAGCUUGGAAAACAGAAGACAGUGAAUUGUAUCAAUUUUCAGAUGGAUAGAAGUGGAGUAGUGGACAAAAACAAGUACUGCAAUCUCUGCAACAUGAUUUUUACUUCCCCAAUUGUUGCUUUGUCUCAUUACUUGGGAAAAAUCCAUGCUAAAAAGCUGAAGCAAUUCUCAGGAGACCAAGCCCAGAUAUCAGCUCAGCGAAUGCAGCCUGUCUCCGCAGGUUUAUCUUCUACUUCCACGUCUCCAACUUUACAGAAGCCCUCAGCUGAGAAGCCCUUGAGGACUUCAAAAGCUGAAGAGUCUUCAUCAUCCUCCAACACAAGUUUAGAGUUAAAUUAUCCAGACAAGUACUGCAAGCUCUGCUGUGCUCCCUUCAAUAAUCCACUGAUGGCCCGUCAGCACUAUGUUGGUAAGAAACACAGAAGAAAUGAAGCACGUAAAAAGAUGAUGGAGGAGCUGGGAGACAAAGCUGUCCCUGCAGAAUCCAACACAAAUGCAGUUGGGGUUGGUCAUUACAUAUGUCCUAUAUGUAACAUCACACUUACAUCUAUAGAAAUGUACCAGUCCCACAUGGAAGGACAUAAGCACCAGACUAGAGAAACAAUGGUCGUCAGUCUCCUGAAGAAUCCAAAGAAAACUUAUGACUCCUUUCAAGAUGAACUAGCAGAUUACAUUAAAGUGCAGAAAGCUAGAGGUCUGGAGUCUAAAGCGCUUUUUAGAAAGACAGAAGCGUUUCAAGAUAAAGAUGUUGAAGGAAGAAGUGACCCUGGUGAGGUUUUACCUUCAGACUUUACAUAUGAACAAGCCCAGUGUUCCAGCCUCUGCUCAGAAACACACUCACCUACAAAUACGGAGGAAAAGUCAUCAGCUUGUGAGAAUACACCAGAAAAGACACCUGAUUGUCACUAUAAUGUGGGAUAUUGUACAGAAAAGCAAGCAUCUGAGGUGACCACCAUCAGAGAUGACGGCUUUGGCCUAUCAGUUGCCAAAUCUAACGACGGCCCAGAACUUGUGUCUGCUGAAACUGCUAUCAGCUCCUACAGAAAAGAACAGAAACUUCUGGAAAAACAUGCUGAGGAGGAAAAAUAUAUCAAUGAAGAACUGAAGUAUGAGAAAAAAGGCACAAAGCAGAAAAGAAAGGAAAAUAGCGAAGAUGAAGAUUCUGGAAAGGAAAGUGAGAAGCAAAAGCGAGUAAAAGUGGACAUAGACUUGAUAAAUGAGAAGAAAUCAAAAUCUUACAAAGACAAAAGGCUUAAAGAAAAGCACAAAAAAGAUAAAAAGAAGCCACAGCCAGAUAGCAGAACAGAAGAGGAGCUGCUUUGGGAUGAAUCUAUCCUGGGAUACUGAUACAGGUUUUGGUCAGCUUUACGAAGCUGAUUCUGUUUCUAGACUCUCUUAACCAUUGUGUACUGUAUGAUGACUUUUUUUUUUUUUUAAACAAACUUUUUGUUCCAAUCUGGAAGCAAGAAAAAUCCUGUCUUCUGAGACUUUGGGGUAGUAGUUUGGCAAAUGGAGAAAUCAGACCACAUAGGCCAGCCGCACUCACUUGGGAGUGCUUGUGUGCCGACUCCUCUGCUCGUGUGGUGAAGGUGUUAUGUCACCUCGCAUGAGCAGAGCUCUACACGCGCCUGCCACGCAGCUGUAAACAGCGGGGGCUCGCCGGGCUCAGGGUACGUGCAUCUGUGCACAGCCUGCUUUCAUGUUUCCGCUCUGCGCUCAAAGCAGAAGUACCAGGCAGCGAGGAGGAGAAAGCUGAGAACGUGCCCAUGAGCUGAUGUCCACCUCAAGCUCCACUGCGUGGGCUUUUCCACUCUCCAGCACUCAUACACGUUUUCUACAUCAUCUUCUGUUACGACUUUCACAUGUGCCUCCACAUUUCCCCUAACAACUGCGUUGAGAUUAUUGAUCAGCUUUAUGAGCAAGCACAAAGACAGUGAGGAUGGACAUAUAAAUGUAACGCUGUGUUCUGGAAAUACUUUCUUGUGCAUCGGUGGAUGUGCUAUUGAGGCAAAUAAGUCUUUUUUUCCUUUUUUUUUUAAUAAAGUUUUGUAGAGUAAGCUGAUGCAGAGGCACACCGGCUUCUUUGAAGCAUUACUGCAACAUUUGCUAACAGAGAGCAAGAAUAAAGCAACAGGAACACCCCAGCAAGAUGAAUUUGUUCUGUUUAUGCUUCAGCGUGUGCUCAUGUGGCAUAUGACAAGUACAGGAGACUUUAAAGAUGAUCAGCAAAUGGAAUCCAUGAAGCUUGGCCUCUACCCUCUCUCCGUUGGGAGUGCGUGCUGCAUAAGCAACUGCAGUUUGUCUCUCUCCCCCCAAAUGACAUGUGACUCUUACAGUGAGCCAUGUCCUUGAUCUUAAUGGCCUUGUGCUGGACCAGCCUUCGUCUGAUUGGGGCAUGGAGAGAGUAACAUACCUACAACGCGUGUGGCUUCAGCCAAGACGCUCAUUCCUGCAUUGCUGGUGGCUGUGCAUGGACUAGUGCAGCAUGAUCCGUGGGUAUGCAGGGGACAGAGCCCGUCAGGGCAGGUCAGCUGGGAGGACCAGGCCUGUAAGUCGCACAAACAAGUUACCAGGAGGCAAGAUGGGGCAUGGGUUUACUGGCCAAGUGUGUACUCUUAUCCCAGGUCCAGUAUGAAUAACGUGCCCCAGUCUGAGGGAGAUGUGCGUGCCCUGCAGUACGAAUAUGGAGGAGAGCAGUUUCCAUGGAGCAUUUGAUGUGCUGUUAAAUUACACCAUCACUCAGCUCGUAGAGCCAUGCCCUACAGUUUCGUCCUGUCUCAGGUCAAGUGGCAUAUCCACAUUCACUCGUUGAGCUAUCACCAACUUUCCCUGCUUCAUGACUGAAUAAAGCCUUGUGUUACUUCUGUAGAUGCUGUGAAGAAAGGGAAAGGUAGUCAGAAGGUCAUGGGGUUGUUUUUUCCCCAUUUCUCUUAACCUGCCGUAUUCCAGGUAACAUCUUGCUGUUCUCCUUUCAGGUCCCUGUGAUUCUUGUCCGAUACUGAAACUGCUGAGAGCAGCUGGAGGAGCACGGGCAUUUUGAUUGCCCCAUGCUGUAGAAGAAAGCCUAAUUGUUAGUUACAGUGUAUGAAUUAAAACCAUGUAUGCAUUUUUGUUAGUUUUGCUAAACUCGACAGUUGUUGCCAAUGAUAGAUGUCUCUCAAAACAGGAAAUUGUUUCCAUUGUGUUUGAUUUUUCAUGAAAAUGUGUGAACACAUAAGUAUUCCUUGUAUUUCCCUCUUCAGCAUAUAACAUCAGUCAUUUCAACACCCCUAAAAGUGAAACAACUCCCUACUGAGAUGGCUCUUAACCAGGCUGAUGUUUAUCUGAUCACUUCCUCAGUCUGCUGCGAGAAAGAAAUCAAGCAUCUUCCUUCACACUGAGUGCUGGCACGUCACAGAAUUCCUCUGGGACUCCACAAAGCAGAAAAAACAGCACAAGCCGGAAUCUGUCCCUGUAUCCUGCAUAAGCUACCCAGCUUUUUUGUUCUCAUACCGGCUCUCCUCACUGCUCAGUUACACUGGGUCAUGUCUACAGUAAAUUUACAGAUUGUAAAUAGG